CCGAUUAGAGUUAAAUAUUAUAUUUCUCUCUCUCUCUCUCUCUAUCUCUCCGCUGCCGAUCCUUCCACCUUCCCUCCCUCCAUCUCUCUCUCUCUAUUCUUUAUAUUAAAAGCCGCGGCGUCACCCGACCGGCAAGACGGCGCCCUCGUACGAGCGUGACAUGGAGGAGGACUCGCAGGAGCCAGAACAGCUGCGCAAGCUGUUUAUCGGCGGCCUGAGCUUCGAGACGACGGACGACAGCUUACGCAACCACUUUGAGCAAUGGGGCCGGCUGACCGACUGCGUGGUGAUGAGGGAUCCCAACACCAAGCGAUCCCGGGGCUUCGGCUUUGUCACCUACUCCUGCGUGUCGGAGGUAGACGGGGCUAUGGGAGCCAGACCCCACAAGGUGGAUGGUCGUGUCGUCGAACCUAAACGUGCCGUGUCCAGAGAGGACUCCACCCGCCCCGGGGCUCACCUGACGGUGAAGAAGAUCUUUGUGGGGGGCAUCAAGGAGGACACAGAGGAGCACCACCUGCGAGACUACUUUGAGAAGUACGGCAAGAUCGAGGUGACCGAGGUGAUGACAGACCGGCAGAGUGGCAAGAAGAGAGGCUUCGCCUUCAUCACCUUCGACGACCACGAUGCGGUGGACAAGAUAGUCGUUCAAAAGUACCACACGGUCAACGGACACAACUGCGAAGUGAGGAAGGCUCUGUCGCGGGAGGAGAUGCAGAACUCGGGCAUGAACCAGAGAGGUCGAGGCAGUUCGGGCAAUUUCCGCGGCAACUUCAACAACUCCGGCGGCAACUUUGGCGGCCGUGGUGGAGGCGGUAACUUCAACAGCCGAGGUGGUUUUGGCGGUGGGUCGAGAGGAGGUGGCGGAUACGGUGGAUGCGGCGAUGGAUACAAUGGAUUUGGCAACUUUGGGAGUGGUGGUGGUGGAGGGAACUACAAUGAUUUUGGCAACUACCCCAACCAGUCCUCCAAUUAUGGCCCCAUGAAGGGAGGUGGAGGUGGUGGUGGCUAUGGAGGCAGGAGCUCCGGCGGGCCAUACGCAGGUAACUACGGAGGUUCCAGUGGAGGCGGUGGCUCAUAUGGUCGGAGGUUCUAGAUUAAUGCAGGAAAACAUACUUAGCAGGAGAGGAUGAGCCAGCAAGCCAGGACAGUGAGAGACAGCAGGGCACUUCUGCCAGCGAGCACAGCCAGCCAGCACAGGGCACAACUUCCCCACACCUGAACGACGAGAAAAAAUGUCUAUUUGUUUUUAGUCAGAAAAAGUCAGUGUCUGAUCUCAUGAACUUUUAAAAACCAACAGAAGGAAAAAUACCUGAACCCCAUGUGUAUGGCUAUCUGCUUUAAGGACUGUGAUGAUAUUUUGAUAAACUGUUGAACAGAU